CACAAUCAAGGGUAGAAUUCUAAACAUAAGCUUUUCCAAGGGCAGUGAGUCGAGCAUCACCGACUGAGUGGAAAGCGUUGGUUGGCAGCGAAAAAGUAGUAGUCUUUUAAACAGGAGGAAAAGGGAGAGAGAACAAAAUUAAGUUCGAAAAAAAAUAUUAUAUCACCUAAAAUUUCUCUCUCCUUCUCGUAUCGAUUUCUCCGAUUAUCAUACAUAAAUUAGAUUAAGGAAUCACCGGGUUCAAUUUGUCAGACAAGAUCGGCCAAAUUGAAAUUUCAGGAGAUUAGAGAAGAUGGAGUCUCAUGAUGAGACAGGGUGCCAAGCUCCAGAAGGCCCUAUCCUGUGUGUCAACAACUGUGGCUUCUUUGGAAGUGCAGCUACAUUGAAUAUGUGCUCCAAGUGUCACAAGGCAAUGAUCCUGAAGCAGGAACAGGCGCAACUUGCAGCAUCUUCCAUUGGAAGCAUUGUGAAUGGCAGCUCUACUGGGAAUGGUAAGGAGCCACCUGUGGCUGCUGUUUUGGAUGUACAAUCUGAAAAUGUCGAGUCAAAGAUCAUCUCAGUAGAACCAUCCAUUGAUCCAUCCAGAAUGACUUUCAGCGGGAUGAAGACAAAGGAGGGUCCCAAUAGGUGUACCACAUGCUGUAAGCGUGUUGGUUUGACAGGAUUUAAUUGCAGGUGUGGAAACCUCUUCUGUGCAGCUCAUCGUUACUCUGACAAACAUGACUGUCCUUUUGAUUAUCGGACUGCUGCUCGUGAUGCUAUUGCUAAAGCCAACCCUGUGGUCAAGGCUGAGAAGCUGGAUAAAAUCUAAAAGAGUCCAGGAUCAAAGUGAAGAUUUGUGUAAUGAAAUAUGAUGCUUCUCCCUCUACCCCUUUGUGUCUUAAGCACAUCAUAGUGAAGUUUUAUGUAAGUUGGCUGCUUGUCUCAUUAGGUGUCCCCUUGAUUGAUAAACAUGUUCGAAGUCCAUGUUAGGGAGGAGAUCGUUGCAGUUUGAGGAAUAUAUUCCUUGUUGAUUGGUUGGCAUUACGUUCGCCCCUAUUUGCAAGUGUUUAUUUGUGCUGGUUUGAUGGACAUCGAUAUGAUCACCUGGUAAUGCUUCUUUGUGGUAUGUAUUGCCUUCUAGCAGCAGGGAUAAAUGGUGUGUUUGCGCUACUUAA